GCCCCAGUCAGAUGUUUUUGUUAUUUCGCUUCCGCCUUCAGUGUUCUCGCCGUGUCAUGUGGAUGUCAAAAACCCAGAGUAUCUGACAGGCUUUGGAGUUGAAAUCUCUACCGGGGGUCUCAGGAUUUCCCCCGCCGUAGCACACACACUCUUCUUGAGGGUGUUUUCGAAAAGGAUCCGUUGGGAGCGAUGGCGGACGGGGAACGGUCGCCGCUACUGUCCGAGCAAUACGACGGGACCAACGGCAGCUUGUAUGGAUAUCCGUCAAAACCACAGAGUUUUGCGCCGUUCCCCAGCUCGGUGGCAGCAAGUGAGCCUCCGCCCCCCUACUCGCCGCAGGGCAGCCCGGACAGCAGCAGCGCUCCGGUCAUCAGCUGCCGCGUCUGUCAGAGCGCCAUAUCUGUGGAGGGCAAGGCGCACCAGCACGUGGUGAAGUGCAGCAUCUGCAACGAAGCUACGCCGAUAAAGAACGCCCCUGUUGGAAAGAAGUACGUCCGCUGUCCAUGUAACUGUCUCCUGAUCUGCAAAGUCACGUCGCAGAGGAUCGCCUGUCCGAGACCGUACUGUAAACGUGUCAUCAACCUGGGACCAGUUCACAUCGGCAGGGAGAGUCCUGAACCGCAGCGUCAGCCCGUCGGCAUCCGGAUCAUCUGUGGACACUGCUCUAAUACAUUCCUGUGGACGGAGUUUUCAGACCGGACCUUGGCCCGAUGUCCGCACUGCCGAAAAGUCUCUUCUAUUGGUCGGCGGUACCCCAGGAGGAGGAGCCUACUGUGCUUCAUGCUGUUCUUCGUCCUCGUCGCCUCCACUGCAGGACUUGUGGUUGGUACAUGGAAGAGCGCCCAGGACUCUAAAGGGAUCUACGUCUCGUGGGUGCUGCUGAUCGUGCUCGCUCUGUUCACAAUGGCAAGAACCAUCUACUGGAGGUGUCUGAAAAUCAGCGACCCCAUAUCCAACAUCGCGUAGAGAGAGAGAGAGAGAGAGAGACACAGACAGACAGAGAGAGAGAGAGACACAGACAGACAGAGAGAGAGAGAGACACAGACAGACAGAGAGAGAGAGAGACACAGACAGACAGAC